AUGUUCCUGAGACAUAUCGAGGAGAGCUAUUUUAAACAAAAAUCAAGAAUUAAUUGGCUUAAAGAGGGAGAUCUCAACACCACUUACUUCCAAAGGAUAGCACAGACUAGAGUGAGCUACAACUCGAUCAGAUUCUUCUUGUUACCUUCAGGAGAUACUAUCCACGACCCCUUGGAAAUGAGUGAGCAUGCAAUAAGGCACUUCAAAUCCAUCUUAGGACCUUCAGUCCUCCACCCACCGCUGAUUGCUUCUCCCCCAUCCUGGUUCCAAACUCUCUUACCAUUCCGAUGUCCACCUGAGCAGCAACGAGAUAUGAUCAGUUUGCCAAGAGCAGAAGAUAUAAGGAGGGUCAUGUUCAAACUUAACCCGAAUAAAUCAUCUGGACCAGAUGGUCUCACCUCUGGUUUCUAUAAGUCGGCCUGGGGUAUCUUAGGUGAUGAGGUAAUAGCUUCGGUCAGUAAUUUCUUUGUCUCCUCCUUCAUGCCCGCCUCAACGAACUCCACCAUUCUCACACUUGUUCUGAAAUUCCCUGGUGCGUCAAAGAUUUCGGACUAUAGACCGAUCUCCUGCUUAAAUACCCUGUAUAAGGUUGUCUCCAAGCUGCUUGUGGCAAGACUGAAGCCGAUCCUCCCAGAUCUAAUCCUCCCUAACCAGACAGCCUUUGUCAAAGAUCGUCUGUUAGUGGAAAACACAGUUCUAGCUGGUGAACUAGUAAACGGAUAUCACAAGAAGGGAGGCACAAAGAAACUAACGAUAAAGGUGGAUAUAGCUAAAGCAUUUGACAGUGUUUCUUGGGAUUUCCUCUUCAACUGCCUAGAAGGUCUAUCUAUACCUAAUCAGUUUCUGCAUUGGCUAAAGUCCUGUAUCUGCACCACAAACUUUACCAUUGGCUAUAAUGGUAUGGUGCAAGGGUAUUUUAAAGGAAAGCGAGGUCUACGGCAGGGUGAUCCUCUAUCUCCCUAUCUAUUUGUCAUUGCAAUGAAUUGCCUAUCUACAAUGCUCAAUAAGGCUGCGGAGGAACAAAAAUUUAACUACCAUGACAAAUGCCAUGCUUCUAAACUCACUCACCUCUGCUUUGCUGAUGACCUCCUCAUUUUCGUUGAGGGUUCGCUUGACUCGAUUCAAAACGUCCUCCAGGUGCUCCAAGAGUUUCAUUUGAGGUCCGGUCUAGCAGUAAGUGUCCAGAAAUCCAGUUUCUUCACCUCAGGACUGAGCCAACAAGAGUGA